AUGUCAACUUGGAAAUCCCUUAAAAAGUCCCUCUCAUGGGCCCUCCCCACCCCACAAGACAUCACAAGCAUGGAGGUUCGAACUCCCUCUGCACGGAUCAUCAAAUUGAAGUCCUCUUCCACUCUGCUUAACGUCGACUUGACAAACUGCAAUGCAUACAUCACUAACGCCAAACCCCCUGCUCCUCCUUCGGCUAUAGCCUACGAAAAAAUACUGACUCUUUCACAGAAUUCGACAGUUUCGUCAGCAUUGACGUCCAAUACUUUGCCGUCAACAAUGUCAACAGCCCACUACGUAUCGGCCGCCACUUCUGUAUCCACGCUUUUGGUAGAUCAACCCGAUAACACACAUGCGGCAAAUUGUUCGCUGAUUGUGCAGCCUCCUGAUCCUGUGCCUAGCACUGAUAACGAUUCCUUCCAGAUGGCCGGCAAAAAAUACCGAAGAUCCCUCUAUCGGAGCAUGGGUGAUUACUGUAGAAAUGUGCGAUCCCUGGUUGCCCGUAUUUCGUUACAGCCAAGAACUGCGAAAGACGGUGGCUCCAUUAACUCCCGCAACAGCCACGAUUCAUCAGAUAGUAUCGACACACUUGCACGAGAAUACCUGGAGUUUUUGGCGGCAUCCAACGAGUUUUUGGACUACGAUAUUUCAUUUGGUGCCUUUUUUUACAUGUGGGAAACUCCAUCUUCAACAAGUUUCAAUGCUGGAGAAAAAACACCCACAUGCUAUCGUCAGAGCCCGAAACUGUGUACCGUACCCAACUCAAAAAUGCCUGCAUCUAAUCCGAAGAAGGUGAAUGCCUUCGGAAAGAUGCGUUCAAGUCACGUGCAUAGAAAGCUUGCCAGGCGUUUUAGCUUGGCUACCAAGGAGGUUCGAUUUUGA